AUGUUAACAUUUAUUGCACUGAUAAUUCACACUGGUACUAUAAAAGUCAACAGAUUAAAUUACUAUUGGAAAACACAUCACCUUUUCAGUCUUUCUUGCUUUUCAAAUUAUAUGAGUCGUGAUAGAUUUUUAAAUUUAUUGAGAUGUUUUCAUUUUGCACCAAAUAUUGAAACUAAUAAUCAAAACCUACCCGAAGAUCGCUUAUAUAAAAUUAGACCUUUAAUUACAUGUUUCAAUAACAAAAUGAAUACCAUCUAUUAUCCCAAAAAAGAACUCUCACUUGAUGAGUCUAUGGUGUUAUGGAGAGACCGUCUUCAGUUUCGUCAGUAUAUUCAAAACAAGCGCCAUAAAUAUGGAAUUAAAUUAUACAUGCUCACGGAACCUCAUGGAUUGAUAUUAAAAUUUGCCGUUUAUGUAGGAGUACUCGAUGACUUGGGAUGA